GCUGGGAGGCGUGCAGGCCAAGCAGAAGCCAAAAGGGCGGGGCGUCGGCCGCAGCGUCUCGUCGGAGGAGGCGAGAGCGUGAAUGGCGGAUGAGGGGAGAGCGGGGCUCUUCCCCCAGUCAGGGGGCGCCUGAGAGAGAGAGACCGAGACACCAGGCGAGGCCGAAGCUCAGCUGCUGCUAUGCAGCCCCUGGGCGCCCUCUGGGUGCUCCUCUGCUUAGCGAGGCCGCUGCUCGGCGUGGCCGCCACAGAAACUUCCUCUUUAUCUGCACCAGAGAAUGUGACAAUUCAGUCAUAUAAUUUCAAUAAUGUAUUGAAAUGGUCUCCAGUUACGGCGAUCAAUGGUUCAGUGACUUAUAGUGUUGAAUGGAGGUUUAAAACACUCAUAGCAUCAGAAGAAAAAGUAUGGAAGAAAGUGAAUUGCACAGAUAUUACAAAACCUGAAUGUAAUUUCAAUCACGAAAGGAAUCAUGACUGCAUCAUUUUACAUGUUAGGGCUGAACAAGGGGAAUUAAAAUCUGCCUGGACUGAAACUAAGCCCUUUCGAGCACGGGAAGACACUAUUUUAGGACCUCCAAGAGCAAUCAAUGUAAGCUCAGAAGGUACCGUGAUUCAUAUUAGCUUCUUGCCUCCCUUUGAGCUUGCAGAAAAUAAAACUGAAUAUUUUGAGUAUUUAAUUGAAUACUGGGAGGAAUCAACAAGUGAAAGACUGAGUGUUUGGAGCAAAAAUAGGAGGGAAACAUUCAAGAAUCUGAAGGAAAGGACUGUAUAUUGCUUUCAAGUAAGAGCAUCAAUCCCACAUGUAACCCUAGAAUGCCAAAAAAGUAAAAUCAAGUGCAAAGAAACAACAGUUGAAUCAACAAGAAUUCUGCAUGUCGUACUGAUAUUUGGAUUUGCAGUAUUUAUACUCAUUGGAAUAUUUGUGUGCAUAAUGUUUAUUCAAAAAUAUAGAAGUGUAAUCAAAGCUCUUUGGAAGCCCCCUCUAACAAUUCCAUCCCACUUCGAAGAGGAUUUACAAAAUCUUCACGUGACUGUGGUUGAAGAAUUUCAGAACUGUGCUGGAGAAGACCACUGGGACAUUGUGUCAGAAAUCUCUGAACAAAGACAAACUGUGACAGACAAUUUUACCGAUCAAAAUCAAGAGUUGACAGUGGAAGAACAUAGAUGACAAGAUGACCUUCAUCACUCAUGUACUGAUGCUAAACCUCAAUGUCAACUUGUGGACUUUCACUACAGAGACAUUGUAUCAAGGCCCUCUGUUUAAGAACAGUUAGUUGCAAAACACACACACCCUAUCCAUGUGUGAAACUCUGAACUAGAAACCAGCAGUAAAAGCAUUAAGAGGACACACAUGCUAUAUGCUGUGAUUUGAUUAUGGGUGUAUUUGAACACUUGUCAAAUUACUGUGAAGGGUCUCCCCCCCCCCCGGCCACU